UUUGUGUUUUAAUUUUUUUUUUGUAUGUCAACUAUAUUAUUAUUAUUAUUAUUACUGCAAUAUAAUAAACAGUAAUACACAAAUUUAAACACCGAUUAUAACAACAUCAACAAAAAAUUAAAUAAUAAUAAUAAUGAACCAAUUGAUUAAAUUAGUAACUACCGUAAUCAUAGGACUGUUAGCUAUAUUAACAAUUCAGGGUACGGGUGGUACGGGUGGUGGCAGUGGCCAGGUAUGGGCAUCGGAACCCUACUGUCCGAAUGCUACCCUAAUGGUCAAAUGUGUUACCGAUGCCGAACACGAUUGGGAAAUCGACCGAAAUCGGGGAUCGGAUAAUAAAUCCCAUUGUUGUUUCCAGCGCCAGUACUACCGGUGCCAAAAGGACCUGUCCGACCAAUGUCAGGGCCAGCAUGAUCGAUAUGUUAGCAAUUUGACUAUGUUUUAUAUCAAGGAGGAACUGGAUCACGGUGAUUGUGCCGAUUGGACAGAGGAUAGGUGUAUGGGUCUAGCUUGGUGGGCAAUUACCCUGAUAGUGUUGGGCAGUCUAUUGGGUGCAUCCAUAAUAGGAUGUGCCAUCUAUGCCCUGUUUUGUAGACGACGCUGUCGUAAUAAGUAAUUAAUUAUAAUA